AUGGCUCUUCUGCAGCUCCAAAGAGCAUGUGAGCGCUUCCGGUCACACUUGUCGGACGAAGAGACGCGGCGAGUGGAAAACGUCAAGAGUGUGGAAGAUGUUCGCGAGGCUAUCACUCAAAUGGAGCGCUAUCUCGCCUCCCGUCAAAAGUUACGAAAUUUCGAACGGCUUGUACCUUUUCUCGACGCAGCUGAUCGUUUGACAAAACCCAUCGACGUCCUAUCUAAUGGCGUUCCGUUCCUGCCUUACAUAUGGGCACCUCUCAAGCUCAUUCUCCAAGACCACACGCAUGCACUGGAUUUGAUCCUCUCUGCUUAUAGUCAAAUUGGGGCCUCACUUCCGCGUUUCGCUCGAUACGGCAAUGCGUUCCCAGACAGCCACGAUUUCCAGCAACUACUGGGCCACAUUUACGAGGACAUCAUCGACUUCCACUGCCAUGCUUACCGGCUGGUACAGAAGCCGGGAUGGGCAAUGCUCUUCUCAACCUGUUGGGGUCGAUUCCAGCAUCGAUAUGAUUCAUUACUUGGCAGCAUCGCCAAAACCAGCGAACUCAUAGAUAGGGAGGCAGCUUCCUAUGAGAUAGUUCAAGCUAGAGAAUGGCGGCAAAAGCUUAUGGAGGACGCGCAAGAUCGAGAAAAGAAAGAAGAGAUUCACCAGCGCGAAGCUGUCAACAAGUGGCUUCAAGUGAGCGACAGAAACGAGGAAAAGCUUGAGCGCCUUCACAACCGUUGUCUCGAUGGAACAUCUCAAUGGGUGACUGGGUCACCCCAGGUUCGAUCUUGGCUCCAAAAGGGCAGAGGAAAGCCGGUCUUGUGGCUUCAUGGAAAGCCUGGCUCUGGCAAAUCCAUCCUAUGUUCGCAACUCAUCUACUUCCUCAAAUCAAGCCCCAACUGGAAUUGCUUAUUUUUCUUUUGCGAUUUUCAUACUUCAGGCUACGGGGUAACCGUACAGGUCUUACGGAGCAUAUGCGCCCAGAUUCUAGACCUUGUUCCGGAGACGGCAUCGUUCGUGUACAAAGAGUGUGUCGUUUCUGGAAAAACACCUUCAACAUCAUUUCUCAAAGAGUUUGUCCCAAAACUUUUUGGGUUCUUCGAAGACUUGCGUCUGAUCAUCGAUGGAAUCGAUGAGAUUGGGUCAUCGGAACAUGGAGAACUGAUCAAGACCCUGGCAAAGCUGGCAGAGACGCAGGGAAACCUCAGGUUGCUCAUAUCUAGCCAGGAUAUACCGAGCAUAGCGAGGAACCUGAAGGGCAGACCAACACUGAUAGUUGGGAAGCAGUCUGCGUCUGUUUGUAAGGAUAUUGGCUUGAUUGUCUCAAGCCGCCUGGAAGCCAUCAAUGAAGGGCUAGAUGGUCGAGUCCCCGAAUCGGUGUUCACUGAAAUUCGGGAAACAAUCCUCAAAAGAGCAGAAGAGCUUAUAUCGAGCGCCGAGGCCUUUCCCAAAGACCUUGAAGAGGCGUAA